CAACUGUCCCGUUCGUUGACACGGAGGGUCCUCACUGAAAGCGACUUGGAAGCAGCUCACUUCCUCCCACUAACGCACGCAGCAAUUGGCACACUCAACAAGCCAAGUCUCAACCCACCAUAGAGAAGAAUAUUGCAAAAGGGAGGAGAGGAGGGCGCCCUGGCAGAUUCAGAGUAGCAUUAGGGAGGCCAGAUCGCCAUCCAAGAAUUAGUAGCAGGAAUCGAUCACCAAACUAACCAAGCAAGCAAGCAAGGGAGUCAGGGAGUGGGGAAAGGCAGAGCGGCCGGCGGCGAUGUGCUGCUGCGGCGGCGACGGCGGCGACGGCGGCGAGUGCCGGCCGCUGGGGUGGCUGCUGGGCCUGCCCUUCGCGCUGCUCGCCGUCCUCGUCUCCAUCGUCGGCGCCAUCAUCUGGAUCAUCGGGCUGCCCAUCUCGUGCAUCUGCCCGUGCUGCCUGUGCGUGACGCUGGUGCUGGAGGCGGCGGUGGAGCUCAUCAAGGCGCCGCUGCACGUCAUGACCUGGUUCACCUCCAAGAUCCCCUGCUAGCCGUUCAUGUCAUGUGUUCCUUCAUUCAUGUAAAAAAAAAGAUGAUGGGGUCAGGGACAGGGAGGGCAGACCAGGAUGAUUUGUUUUUGUUAUUAUGCAAAUCGGGCUGUGAGCCUGUGACUACUGAUCGAUGAUCAUGUGUCUGUUCUUCUGUUUCCUCGUGGGUUGAUUCGACUAUGAGAUGGAGUGGUUUCU